AUGAAGCAUCAUUUGAUGGUCGGUACUUGGACCGCACCCGGUCGCAUCUAUACCGUGCAAUUUGACGACGAGGCCCUCACACUCGAAUUGGUCAAAAAGACCGACAUUCCCGAAGCUGAGCCUAUCUCAUGGAUGACGUUCUCGCAUGACAAGAAGGCUAUCUAUGGUGCGGCCAUGAAGAAGUGGAACAGCUUCGCGGUCAACAGCCCGACGGACAUCGUCCACCAAGUGUCACAUCCUGUUGCCGGUCACCCUUUGGCUCCUAGCAGCGAGACCAACACUCGUGCUAUCUUCGUGCUUGCCGCCCACAAGCCCCCUUACAAUGUUUACGGCAACCCAUUCUAUAACCACGCGGGAUACGGUAACGUGUUCUCUGUGAAGCCCGAUGGAGCUCUGGACAACAACAUCCAGAAUUACGAAUAUGUCCCCAACACCGGUAUCCACGGCAUGGUGUUCGACCCUACAGAGACUUACCUGUACUCCGCCGAUCUUACAGCCAACAAGAUUUGGACGCACAUCAAGGAUUCCGAGACCGGCGAAUUGACCCUGGUGGACUGCCUCGAGGCCCCGGACGCUGGCGACCACCCCCGCUGGGUCGAGAUGCACCCAAGCGGCAAAUACUUGUAUGCGCUGAUGGAGGCAGGUAACCGAUUGGCAGUCUACGUGAUCGAUGAGCGUACUCACAAGCCAGUGUUCACUCACAUCACCUACCCACUGCUACCUUCUGGCCUCCCUCCACGCAAUAAGUAUCGUGGUGAUGUCACAUUCUGCACCCAGAGCGGCGACUAUCUGUUCGCGACUACCCGGUCAAACCACUUCGAUGUGACUGGCUACAUCACCGCAUUCAAACUCGGACCGAACGGAGAGAUCGAGCGCCAGCUCUUCAUCAACCCCACAUCGACUAGCGGUGGCCACUCCAACGCUGUCAGCCCCUGUGAUUUCAGUGAUGAGUGGGUGGCACUUUGCGAUGACCAACUAGGAUUUGUCGAAAUGUACCGCUGGCGCGAAGAGAAGUUGGCACGCGUCGCGCGUGUGGAUAUUCCUGAGCAAGGAUUUGGUAUGAAUGCCAUUUGGUAUGAUUAA